AUGCUGCGCCGGAACGGCAGACACACAUAUGGAUCCUCGCGCAUCCCGCGAGUCGUCGCCCAGAUACGCUCAUGGCUUCCGCCCCUGAAUUUCAUUACACUUCACUAUGCCUACUUUAUCACCGUCUGCUUGGUCAGCUCAGUAAUAUUCUGGUGUUCAUCGAACCCGGCAUGGAGCAUCAGUUACACCGACAGCCUGUUCCUCGUGGUCAGUGCCAUGACUGAGGCGGGCCUCAACACGGUUAACCUGAGUCAGAUGACAACAUGGCAGCAGACCCUGCUCUUUCUCCUGAUCAUAUUCGGAAGUUCCAUCUGGGUAUCCACGUGGACCGUCAUGGCCCGCAAGCACGUCUUCGAGAAGCGCUUCCAGGACAUAGUGCGUGCGGAGCGUAUGCGCCGGUUGGCUAAUAAGGGGGGCAGCACCCUUACUCUACCGAAGCUGCAGAGGAUAUUGUCGUUCGGCAAGGCAUCCACAAUCGCUUCACCACAGCAGCCAGCACCCCCGAAACGCGGCGGCUUGGGCAUCCAGGGGCAGAAUCUUUCGCCGAAUCCGGCAACAAAUGCCCCUGACGCCAGCAUAGACGCUGUGAUGGCAGGAGACGCUGUGACGGCGGGCGACGCAGCGCCUCCCGAGCGGUUUCUGAGUCCUGGUCGCAGUAUCGUCUUUCUCGAUACUCCCCAUCCAAACAAAUCCCCCUUCUCCACGGCAAGCCGGCGUACUCCUCAAAACCGGUUGUCAGUCCUCAAAAACCGCAACGGAGGUGAGCGUACGCCGGGUGAUGGUGAAAAGGACGAUAUGAGCAUGCGGCAUUUCUUGGUAAAGGGGUCUCCCGGCCGGAACGCCCAGUUUUACGAUCUGAGCAGCGAGGAGCGGGAGGAGCUCGGCGGCUGCGAAUACCGAGCCCUCAAGAUGCUGUCUGUCAUUGUGCCGCUGUAUUUCUUUCUCUGGCAGCUGGUCGGAUGCCUCGCCCUCGGUGCUUGGAUCAACAACAAUCAGGCAAAAACGUCGUUGGACAACGGUAUCAACCCCUGGUGGCUGGGCAUAUUCAACGGCGUGUCGGCUUUCAACAACUCGGGCAUGUCCUUGCUGGACGCCAACAUGGUCCCCUUCCAGAGCUCCUACUUUGUCCUUAUUACCAUGGGUUUGCUGAUCUUGGCGGGCAAUACGGCGUACCCCAUUUUCCUGAGGCUCUUCUUCUGGAUGUUCCUCAAGCUUCUGCAGCUCACCACGGAAGAUGGUGAUUUCUCCGACCUCAAAGACACCAUCAGAUUCAUCCUUCAGUACCCCCGCCGCGUGUACACAAAUCUGUUCCCUUCCCGCGCUACCUGGUGGCUGGUCUUCAUGCUCUUUUUGUUGAACAUUGUUGACUGGAUGGCCUUCGAGUUGCUCAACCUGGGCAACCCGGCGAUCCAAAGCAUCCCUGUUGGCCCGCGCGUGCUGGACGGUCUCUUUCAGUCGUUGGCCGUCCGUUCGGGAGGGUUCUAUGUCGUGCCCAUCUCGUCGCUGUACAUUGGGGUGCAAGUGCUCUAUCUCAUCAUGAUGUACAUUGCCGUGUAUCCCGUGGUCAUCACAAUGCGGCAUUCCAACGUCUAUGAGGAACGCUCCCUGGGGAUAUACGCCGAGGACGAUCUCCCGGACACACCCGACCCAGAAGUCGGAAAUCCCGCGUCCAUCUAUUCCCGCCGGCUCGACCGCACCAACACCAUAACAAGCACCCUUAGCCGGGGCAUCCGCCGCACAUUCACCUGGCACGGUGUCGGGGCCCGUCCGCCCCCUUCUUCAAAACCCAACCCGCAAGAAUCGCACGUCAGCUUCAUCAGCCAGCAGAUCAACGGGCAGUUGGCGCACGAUAUUUGGUGGCUGGUGCUGGCCAUCCUCGUCAUCAUAACCAUCAACACGGGCAACUUCCUCGCCGACCCGAUCAACCACAGCGCCUUCAACGUCAUCUUCGAGGUGGUUUCGGCAUACGGCUGCGUGGGAAUCAGCGUGGGCCUUCCCCGCGACGCCUACAGCUUCUGCGGCUCGUGGCCGACGGCCGCCAAGCUCGUGCUCUGCGCCGUCAUGCUCCGCGGCCGCCACCGCGACCUGCCCGUCGCCCUCGACCGCGCCGUGCGCCUGCCCGGGGAAAGGCUCCACCACGAGGAGGAAGAGGACCAGCGCAUCAGGAGGAUCAUAACCAAUCAGAGGGUUGCCGUCGACGCCUGGAGCUGA